GGGAGAGGAGAGCGGGAGGGGGAGCGAGCGGGGGCUAGGGGCGGGGCGCGGUCGUAGCUCCGUUUCCGGUGGCUCGUCGCGCUCGCUCACUCCAGCUGCAGCCACUCUUGCCCGUGGCUGCUUCCUCCAUCCUGGUAUUUUUUGGAGCCUCCAUCCUGGUUCUUCCAAAGUGCCCGGACCCAAAACAGGAAAGUGUUGCAGAGGUAGGAAUAUGGGAGAGAAGCAGUCUGGAUAACAUGAAAGUGAUGCUGGUGUCUAAGGGAAGGCGACUCGAUUCUUUGGGAAGGGCUAUACCUGAUCCAUCUAUUUUCUAGAUUUGAGUAUGAGCACAGUUGAAGAGGAUUCUGACACAGUAACAGUAGAAACUGUGAACUCUGUGACUUUGACUCAAGACACAGACGGGAACCUCAUUCUUCAUUGCCCUCAGAAUGAAGCUGAUGAAAUAGACUCAGAAGAUAGUACUGAACCUCCACAUAAAAGGCUUUGUCUGUCUUCUGAGGAUGAUCAGAGUAUCGAUGGUUCUACUCCUUGCAUAUCAGUUGUUGCACUGCCACUUUCAGAAAAUGAUCAGAGCUUUGAGGUGACCAUGACUGCAACCACAGAAGUGGCAGAUGAUGAGAUUACUGAGGGAACUGUGACACAGAUCCAGAUUCUACAGAAUGAGCAACUAGAUGAAAUAUCUUCCUUGGGUAAUGAGGAAGUUUCAGCAGUUAGCCAAGCAUGGUUUACAACUAAAGAAGAUAAGGAUUCUCUGACCAACAAAGGACAUAAAUGGAAACAGGGGAUGUGGUCUAAGGAAGAAAUUGAUAUUUUGAUGAACAAUAUUGAACGCUAUCUAAAGGCACGCGGAAUAAAAGAUGCUACAGAAAUCAUCUUUGAGAUGUCAAAAGACGAAAGAAAAGAUUUCUACAGGACUAUAGCAUGGGGUCUGAACCGGCCUUUGUUUGCAGUUUAUAGAAGAGUGCUUCGCAUGUAUGAUGACAGAAACCAUGUGGGAAAAUAUACACCUGAAGAAAUUGAAAAGCUCAAGGAGCUCCGGAUAAAGCAUGGCAAUGACUGGGCAACAAUAGGGGCGGCGCUAGGAAGAAGCGCGUCUUCCGUCAAAGAUCGGUGCCGACUGAUGAAGGAUACUUGCAACACAGGGAAGUGGACGGAAGAAGAGGAGAAGAGACUUGCAGAGGUGGUUCAUGAAUUGACAAGCACUGAGCCAGGUGACAUAGUGACACAGGGCGUGUCAUGGGCAGCUGUGGCAGAGCGAGUCGGGACCCGCUCAGAAAAGCAGUGUCGUUCUAAAUGGCUCAACUACCUGAACUGGAAACAGAGUGGAGGUACUGAAUGGACCAAGGAAGAUGAAAUCAAUCUCAUCCUCAGGAUAGCAGAGCUUGAUGUAGCUGAUGAAAAUGACAUCAACUGGGAUCUGUUAGCAGAGGGAUGGAGCAGUGUCCGUUCACCACAAUGGCUUCGAAGUAAAUGGUGGACUAUCAAAAGGCAAAUUGCAAAUCAUAAGGAUGUUUCAUUCCCUGUCUUAAUAAAAGGUCUUAAACAGUUACAUGAGAAUCAAAAAAACAACCCAACGCUUUUGGAGAAUAAAUCAGGAUCUGGAGUUCCAAACAGUAAUUCCAAUUCCAGUGUACAGCAUGUUCAGAUCAGAGUCGCCCGCUUGGAAGACAGUACAGCCCUCUCUCCAAGCCCCAUGACAGCCUUGCAGAUUCCAGUCCAGAUCACCCAUGUCUCUUCAACAGAGUCCCCUGCUGCUACUGUUGACUCGGAAACAAUAACACUAAACAGUGGAACACUACAGGCAUUUGAGAUUCUUCCAUCUUUCCAUUUACAGCCCACUGGCACUCCAGGCACCUACCUGCUUCAGACAAGCUCAAGCCAAGGCCUUCCCCUCACUCUGACGGCUAGUCCCACAGUAACCCUGACGGCUGCCGCACCUGCUUCUCCUGAACAGAUCAUUGUUCACGCUUUAUCCCCAGAACAUUUGUUAAACACAAGUGACAACGUCACGGUGCAGUGUCACACACCACGAGUCAUCAUUCAGACUGUUGCCACAGAAGACAUCACUUCUUCCAUAUCCCAAGCAGAACUGACAGUAGAUAGUGAUAUUCACUCAUCUGAUUUUCCUGAGCCUCCAGAUGCCCUAGAAGCAGACACUUUCCCAGAUGAAAUUCAUCAGCCUAAGAUUACUGUAGAGCCAUCAUUUAAUGAUGCUCAUGUAUCCAAAUUCAGUGACCAAAAUAGCACAGAACUGAUGAAUAGUGUUAUGGUCAGAGCGGAAGGAAUCUCUGACACCGACCUUAAACAAGAGGAGUCAUCUUCUCCUUUAGCCCGUGCUUAUGUUACUGAGGAUCUAGAGUCUCCUACCAUAGAAGAACAAGUUGAUCAAACAGCCAUUGAUGAUGAAACCAUACUUAUCGUUCCUUCACCACAUGGCUUUAUCCAGGCAUCUGAUGUUAUAGAUACUGAAUCUGUCUUGCCUUUGACAACACUAACAGAUCCCAUACUCCAACAUCAUCGAGAAGAAUCAAAUAUCAUUGGAUCAUCUUUGGGCAGUCCUGUUUCAGAAGACUCAAAGGAUGUUGAGGAUUUGGUCAACUGUCAUUAGGUAAUUCUUAAGAGACAGGUAGCUUAGGCAGAGAAGCCACACUGUUAAUUACAACAUCUCCAAAGAAAUAGGAGCAACUCCCAAGAGGCUUAAUUCACCAUUCCUUUGGCUUUUAAAUAACUACAGUGCUUAAGCCACAUACAUGUUGCUGCUAUGACUAUUUACCGCCUUUAAAUAUACCAUCUGAGGUCAGUCUUAGGACAGUGUGUAGAUGAACUGAGUAUGGAGGUCUUAACUGCGUAGAUCCCUGUGAUUGGUGUUAAUUGUCAGCAGGGAAUUUCAUUCACUUUCAGCUACUGAGAAAAGUUUACAAUCACCAAAGCUUAUCUACUUCGUUUUACAAAGCAGUCAUACUCAUCUCUAAAGAUCGGACAUGGCUCUAUCCAGUCUCAAGUAGGCCUGUUCGUAUUUCGGAGACAUCCCAUCAACAUGGUGUAGAGCUUAUCAGUGACGCUCAGAAAUGUCACGUACCCUUAGUUUGAAAGGUGCCCAGCAUCCCAUACAGAGACCUAGGAGGGCACUGUGUGGCCAUGACUGUUGGUUUACCCAUUGCUGGCAGUGGGAGCUGAUUCAGGCUGGGUACACAAAGAAGCAUUAUAAGAAUUAAGAACAUUCACUACAGGUUUUUUAUUACUUAUAAAGGGAAUAUGGAAGAGAAUAGCAACACAGCUCACCAGAAGCUAGAGUCUUCACCCCUUCAGAACCCACUGUUGUCAGUUUACAAAGUUAGCACUUUGAAGUAAAAUUAAAUGGGAAGGAAGUACGGUUGCCUACCCUAUACUCCGACUCACAUGUUUUGCUAUACAAAUUACCCAGGAAAUCGUUGAGGAAGGUAUGAGUCUGCCCUUCACUUUAGUGCAUCAGCUGGUGGGGUGUGACAUAACUUCUCCCUCUCAGGCAAUUUAAAAAAACAAAAUUUGCUUCUGUUAUAAAAGGAAAGAAAUCAAGAGUCAUUCAUGUAUUUACAGAGAAGGUGAAGCCAAAAUUAGCCUCUAGGGCUUUAAUGAACAUGACCCCUAUAAAAAAGUCACAAAAAAAAAAAAAAACCUUGUAUAAAUUAUUUUAUUUAUUAUUGUAAUUAGAUCUUCACAAUCAAAGUUGUCUUUUCACCGUCUGUGUUUUGUUAAUGUGAAAUUGUAGUUAUAAGCAAAAGUUGGUUGCCUAGGGAACAAUAAUUGUAUAUUCAGUUUAACAGAAAUAAAAGAAUAUUUGUCUUAAAAUG